CUCCUCCCUAUUCCCAUCAGCCGGCCCCCGUAACACCCAACGUCCAACGGAACAGAGAGAGAGAAAGAUAGCGGAAGAAAAGAGUGAGAGAAAGCUAGCUAGCUAGCGAGCGAAGAAAGAAAAAUUCAUGGCCGCCACGGCCGCCGCCGCAGCCGUGACGGCGGUCUCGUCGAGCUGCAGCAAGCGCGAGAGCAGCAUUGCCGCGGGCGCCGACCUGCCCAAGAAGGCGAACAAGGGGAGGUUGCCGCCGCCGGAGGAGGAGAUGGAGGCCUUCUUCGCCGCGGCGGAGAGCGGCGUUGCACGAAGCUUCGCGGCCAAGUACAACUAUGACGUCGUCAAAGACGCUCCCAUGGAUGGGCGGUACGAGUGGGUCCGAGUCAGGCUGUAGGAUGCCGCAACAGCCAGUCAAAUGCCAGAGGCACCCUUUUAAUCAUUCUUUUGUACGUAGCUACCAUGUGGUGCUUUAGCUGUAAUUAUGCUUACCAGACGCCUAAUCCUGUGUAAAAGCUCACCGUGUAAGUCAGUGGAUGUUUCACUUGUAACUUCCUUUUAUAGAUGUGGAAUUCAGUUGUAACUUAGUGGUACUACGUGCUUUAACUCCUUGUCGACUUGUCGUAUGUUGGUCUCAUGAAAGAAAGAGUACAAAAUGUGUCGUUUACUGUGUA